AUGGGGGAGCCGGAGGGCUGGGGCUGGGGGCGUCUGGUGCUGGAGGCCUCCCUGGCCACCCUCUUGGCGGGGCUGGUGCUGGCGGGGCUGAAGGGGGCUCUAGGGGCGCUGCGCUUGUGGGGGGCGCGGGUGCCAGGGGUGCUGGUGGUGGGGGCGGGUCCGGUGGGUCUGUCUGCGGCGCUGGUGGCUCUGGCUUCGGGGAAGGUGCGGGAGGUGACUCUGCUGGAGGAGCGGCCCCGGGAAGCCCUGCUCUGCCGCCCGCAGCAGGUGUCCCUGGAGCCCCGCAGCCUCCGCUUCCUCCGGCGCCUGGGCCUCGACCUCCGCCGCUUGGAGGGCGCCUGGCACCAGCAGCGCUGCUUCUCCACUCGGCUGGGGGCCCUCCAGGAGCAGCUCCUCCGCCUCCUCCUCCGACGGAGCCGCAAGAGCCAGAGCAGCAGCAGCCGCCUCUGCCUCCGCCUCGGAACCAAGUUUUCAGAAGAGUUUAUUAAAAUGAAUUUUACUCCCAAUUGGCCAAAUAUAAUCAUCGUAGCGGAUGGAUCCUGCGGAGAAUCAAGUACGAUCCUUGGAAUCAGCCCGGAAUACACCGUCGAAUCGUGCAAUGCCUAUGGAGCCAAUGCUGUCAUCGAAAGGCCAGAUCAAAGACAGGUUCCAACCCCAGAAAUCCGUGCUCACAACCUGUACUUUGAUCUAUCCGCGUAUGGCAUGGAUAUGUCUGCCCUCAGAAAGGAAUCUCCAGCCCCUGGGUUCCAUUUGAAAAUCUAUGGAACCUUUCGCAACCGUUACCUGGCUUUGGCAUGCCCUGCUUCCGACUCCAAAAUUGUGAGGUUUUUGCGCCACACUCUUAAUUCCGCAAUAAUGAAAAACAUAUUCCACCAGGCUUUCAAUGCCUACAAGAUGGAUAUUGAACCCAGAGUGAAUGAAUUGACUCUCCAUCGUAUCCAGUGCAGUGAUCGACUCUUUGAAAUCAUGCUUUCCCAUCGGCGAGUGACAGCAGCUCUCAUCGAGGGGAGCAAUACGGUUGUCACCAUAGAAGGAGAAGCAGCCAGGGUGCUCAAUUUUGACACUGGCUGUGGAGUUAAUCUCGGAUUGAGAGGCUUGGAGUCGACAGAAGAAUUAAUCUAUAAAGUGGCCACAGCCGUCGAUCAGCAUGAUAUCUUUGAGGCGCUGGCAGCUAAAAUCCGGCAUUCAAAGCAAGUGACGGAAGAUUUCAAGCAGAAUGGGUUGUCUGCGGCAAUGUUUGAAUGAGCCGCUUAUGGGGAACGACGAGGAUCCUGUACCCCACUGCACACAAAACAAAAUGGAAUAUAACCUUUCUAUUAAAGGGAGAGGAGAUGUUAAAAACAUAA